GAGGCCUGCUGGCCAGAGAUCAGGGACUUCGAAAUUGACAUUUUCAGCGAAGGGCUGGGAAAGCAUAAAGUCCUGGAACGCAAGCAGGGCGAGGACUUAAGAGAUAACAAGAAGAUUGUUUUUCUAUGAGAAGGGAAAGUUCAAAGGGUUGAAGAAGAGAGAUUUUUGCUACUUCUCUAAUAAUUCUAUAUAUUUAAUUUUAUUUUUUCCAGAUUUUUUCAGAGGUCCCUCCCUGUGUCUUUCUUUCUUCGUUGUCCCGCUGCUAGUAUCUUCCAGAGGCACGAUCGUUAUUUUCCCAGAAAGUUCUCGGCUCAUUUUCUUGAAAAAUCGGGUGAAACAAUCCCUGCUUUCGUGAAUUUUCAUGGGAUUUAACUCCUUCUCAGGUAGGUUAAUAAGAAUAUGUCCGAAGGGUGAUCUGGGCAUUGAAGCCGUUCUUGAUCAAAAGUUCCAGUUUGUUUCCCAACAAUCAGGGUUUGGCCAUCUUUAGUUGGUGUUUUGUCACAUGGGAUAAGAGGAUUACUCCCUAGUUGGUUUCGGGUUGCAAUAUAAUGGCAGUAGAUGUGAUCACUAGUGCUUCUUCUGUUCCGGCUUCGGAGGUCCUUUCUCAGGCAGUAGAAGCCAUUCUUGAGCUUGUGAUUGCUGCCAAUGAUGUCCUUGUUAAGAAGGAUAGUUUUAAGGAACUUGCGACUUACUUGGAAAGGAUUGUUCCUAUCUUAAAAGAGUUGAAUAGGAAAAAUGUUAGUGAUUCUGAGAGCUUAAACAAUGCUCUGGAGAUUCUCAAUCAACAAAUAAGAGCUGCAAAGCAACUUACACUGGAGUGCAGCAAGAGAAAUAAGGUAUAUCUGUUAAUGAAUUGCCGGACAGUAGUUAAGCGCUUGGAGGACACUGUGCAAGAGAUCAGUAGGGCACUGAGUCUCCUUCCUUUGGCCACUCUGGAUCUUUCAUCUGGGAUUAGUGAAGAGGUUGGGGUACUCUGUGAUAAUAUGAAGAGAGCUGAGUUCAAAGCAGCUAUAGCAGAAGAAGAGAUUUUGGAGAAAAUUGAGUCAGGUAUACAGGAGAGGAAUGUUGAUCGUUCUUAUGCAAACAAAUUAUUAGUUCUCAUAGCAAAUGUUGUUGGCAUCUCGACUGAUAGGUCAGCAUUGAAGAAGGAAUUUGAAGAAUUCAAGAAUGAGAUAGAAAAUGCUCGGCUGAGGAAGAAUGAGGCUGAAGCCAUACAAAUGGAUCAGAUAAUUGCUUUAUUAGAAAGGGCUGAUGCUACUUCGUCCCCAGAAGAAAAAGAAAUUAAAUAUUACACCAAGCGGAAAAGUCUGGGUAGUCAACGACUGGAAGCUCUUCAGUCAUUUUAUUGUCCGAUCACACGUGAUGUUAUGGUGGACCCUGUGGAAACUUCUUCAGGACAGACAUUUGAGAGAUAUGCAAUUGAAAAGUGGUUUGCAGAUGGGAACAGAUUGUGUCCUCUGACCAUGACCUCUUUGGACACAUCAGUUCUACGGCCAAACAAAACUCUGCGGCAAUCAAUAGAAGAAUGGAAGGAUAGAAACACUAUGAUUACAAUUGCUUCCAUCAAGCCAAAACUCAAGUCUGAAGAAGAGGAGGAAGUACUUGAUAGCCUGGAACAGUUACAGGAUCUCUGUGAACAAAGAGACCUGCACAGGGAAUGGGUAAUAUUGGAGAACUAUAUACCUGUUCUCAUUCAAUGUGUUGGCGCCAAAAAUCCUGAUGUCAGGAAUCAUGCUCUUGUCAUCCUCUGCAUUCUGGCAAAAGAUAGUGAUGAUGCUAAGGAAAGAAUUGCAGGAGUUGAUAAUGCUAUUGAAUUUAUUGUUCGAUCACUUGGUCGUCGUGCUGCUGAGAGAAAGUUAGCAGUGGCAUUACUGUUGGAGUUAUCAAAAUGUAAUUUGGUAAGAGAUUGUAUAGGAAAGGUUCAAGGUUGCAUAUUGCUCUUGGUGACCAUGUCAAGCAGCGAUGACAAUCAAGCUGCUCGAGAUGCCCAGAUGCUGUUGAAUAAUCUCUCAUUCUCCGAUCAGAAUGUUAUACAGAUGGCAAAGGCAAAUCAUUUUAAGCAUUUACUGCAGCGCCUCUCCACAGGGCCAGAAGACGUAAAAAUGAUUAUGGCAACAACUUUGGCAGAAAUGGAGUUGACAGACCACAAUAAAGAAUCUUUGCUUGAAGCAGAUGCUCUAGGUCCACUUCUUCGCUCUGCCUUGCAGGGCAACACUCAGUUGCGAGAAGUAGCUUUUAAAGCUCUUCGGAACCUCUCAAGCUUAUCAAAAAAUGGUCUGCAGAUGAUUAGAGAAGGUGCAGUGCGCCCAUUACUUGAUGUUCUCUUCCAUCAUGGUUCAUCACCUAGUCUGCGUGAACAUGCAGCCGGCACAAUUAUGCAUCUAGCUGUAUCAACCAUGUCUCAAGAAUCUAGCCAGAUUCCAGUUUCAUUGUUGGAUUCAGAUGACGAUAUUUUCAGACUAUUCUCUUUAAUCAACUUGACGGGACCUGAUAUACAACAAAGCAUUAUGCAAACCUUCCAGGCCCUGUGCCAAUCCCCUUCUGCCACAAACAUCAAGACUAAAUUAACACAGUGCUCAGCUGUGCAAGUUUUGGUUCAGUUGUGUCAGCUUGAUAACCCAAGUGUACGGGCAGAUGCUGUAAAGCUAUUCAAUUUUUUGGCAGAAGGUGAAGAUGAAGCCACUAUCCUAGAGCAUGUAAAUCAGAAAAGCAUUGAGACUUUACUCAGGAUCAUCAAAUCUUCUGAAGAUGAAGAAGAGAUUGCUUCUGCAAUGGGCAUUAUCUCCAACCUGCCAGAAAUCCCACAGAUCACUCAGUGGCUUCUAGACGCCGGGGCACUUCCAGUAAUUUUCUGUCAUAUUCAAAAUGCCAAGCAGAAAAAUCCCCAUAAAAAUAAGUUGAUGGAAAAUGCUGUUGGAGCGAUACGUCGUUUCACAGUCCCAACAAAUUUAGAAUGGCAAAAGAUUUCAGCUCAAACUGGCAUUAUACCCUUGUUGGUACAAAUGCUAGAGUUGGGAACCACCUUGACCAAGAAACGUGCUGCGAUCUGUCUUUAUCAAUUUUCAAAGAGUUCUCUUCAGCUGAGCAGGUCAAUUUCAAAGCAAAAGGGGUUCUGGUGCUUCUCUGCUCCGCUAGAAACUGUCUGCAUGGUUCAUGGAGGAAUCUGUAGCGUUGAAUCAUCAUUUUGUCUUGUAGAGGCUGAUGCUGUGAGGCCUCUAGUGAGAAUUCUUUCAGAACCAGAUCCUGGAGCUUGUGAGGCUUGUUUGGAUGCACUGUUAACUUUAAUUGAAGGUGAGAGGCUGCAGAGUGGCAGUAAGGUGCUUGCAGAAGCAAAUGCUAUACCACCAAUGAUAAAAUUCCUUGGUUCGCCUUCCCCCAGUUUGCAGGAGAAGGCUCUACAUGCUUUAGAAAGGAUUUUUCGGCUGGUGGAGUUGAAAUUGAAAUAUGGAGCCUCAGCUCAGAUGCCCUUAGUUGACUUAACACAGAGAGGAAGUGGCAGCGUAAAAUCUCUGGCAGCAAGAAUACUUGCUCACUUAAAUGUACUUCAUGAUCAAUCUUCAUAUUUCUAGGGGAUCAAGGAGUUGAAGAUCGGGAUUUUACGCUAAAUCCCCUAGAAAUAUGAAGAUCGAUCAUGAAGUAUAUUUAAGUGAACAAGAAUCAUCACAAAGAUGCAGGCAGGUAGAUGAGCACGGCUAGGCAUGGGAACCCUCGCACAGAGGGCAGAGCAUACCUCUUUUCCUUCCUGUUGUUACUAGGCACGCUAUAUUGCAGCUAAGACAAACCAGAUUGACCAUGUGAUCCAAAGUACAGAGUUUGGUUCGUACAUAGGGAGUUAGAGCUUGAUGCACCCAAGGUAGUCUAAAUCUGAUAGUUGCUUUUAUUUCCCAGAAACCUGGCCUUUGGAGGGGUAGCAAAGCAACAGUGGCUUAUGUCUAACAGCACAGGAUAUCUUCUAUCUGUAAAUCAAUACUUGAUUGGUUCAGCAGAGGAAGAAGAAAAGCCAAUAUAUGCUUCCAACUUCUGAUGAUUUGAGUCGAAGUGAGACUAUUUUUAUCAGAAUUGAAUUCUUUGAUUCUUGUGUACAAGGAAAACAGGUGUAAGAUAGUAAAGGAUAAGGUCUUAUCUUGAA